UUCUGUUACGCCACCCUUGUGUCGUGUCUGCCAGCGAUCCGCCACUAUCUUAAAACAGCCCCAAUUAAAAUAUGAAGCGUCUGCCAGGGAAGUGACAUUAAACGCACACUUCAUGGGGAACUGAACCGAGUUCGUUACAGAAACUGCAGCGGAACGACUUCCUCGUGUGAAGAUAACUGUUUCAAACGCCGCUGUUUACAUUUAUGCAAAGUUUCCUAAAAGGGUUGUUAAUGUCUUGACCUCUCAGGAGAGACCAUCCGUGAAUAAUCUGCUCCACCUUUGACUGUUGGGGAUGUGACCCUCUCUCACGUUAUUAUCCCAGCCAUUCAUGUGAUCAUGGCCAUCCACCCCACCCUGGUAUUGCUGCCCAUUCUUGUGUUCCUUGUGCUUCCAUGUGAGUCCAUAGAUUCGGACAACGGCCUCCGAAUAGUUCAUGUGAAGAAAGUAGAAGUAGGGGAUUGUGACAAGGCGUUGUGUAAUCCUCAUGAUUUGUGUACAAACGCCAUUUAUGAUGAAAGAAUAUCUCGUUGUUAUCUGAUCAGCUGCCCAGAAAUCCACUGCAAGAAUCUCACAUUGAUCGAUGUCCUGUUAGCAAAACAAGAAUCUUUACAUGUGGACACUGAUCUUCCCCAUCAUUCCGCUGGAAACAAAUCCUCCCUGCCUUUUCAAGACGGUUCCUCUCCAAACGGCGGACAACAAUUAAGACCUACCGGUAACAUCUCUACCGUUUCCAGUCCAAUAAACCCGCCUGCUUCUCUUGACAGAUCAACAACUACAGUUUCUACCAAACCACAGACAACUCCAUCAAAGCAAGCUACUGAAUCUAAGGAGAUCACAGGAGGAGUAAUUCCUACAAAUACAACAACACUAACUAAUACAUCCCCUCCUGCAACCACAACAACACCAAGUAACACAUCCACUCCUACAACCACAACGACUACAGCAACCACAACUAAACCCUCGACAACAUCCACCAGCACAUCCCUCACCACAACAGUUGCACAAACCACAAUUCCACAACAACCUUCCUCACCUUCACCGUCAGGGGCCGAAACAUCCGCAACCAUCUCACCAUCAGUGCCUACAACACCUCCAUCCAUCCCUUCCUCAAAACCAGUAAAACUGUCUCCGGUAGCAACAUCCACAAAGCCAUCACCAACCACGGCAAAAACCUCAACACGUCCUUCAGUCGUGCCAUCCACACCGCCUAAAGACAAUGGGGACCAGAGUAGGACAGACCAAGCCAAGGUGGAGGUAGCCGGUGACCCUCUGACCAUUCACCUGUUGAACACCAGCUCUCUGCUUGCUGUGCUAAUGUUCGGCCUUCUGUUCUUUGUGGUCACAGUCGCGUUGUUUCUCAAGCAAGGUUACGAGAGCUACAGGCGAAAGGAUUACACUCAGGUCGACUAUCUCAUCAAUGGGAUGUACACCGAUUCAGGGGUCUGAAUAGAUGGUUUACGUUUCGUUGGAAGAUUUUUUACUUUUCCGCAGUUUGCGAGCUGCUCCUCCUCAUGCUCAAAUUGGUAGCACUUACAUUUCAAAAGCCCUGUACAACUUUCAUUCUUGUUAAAGGGGCCGUUGAUCCAAAAAUGAAAAAUCAUUCCUCGUUUACUCAUGCUCAUGUCAUUCCAAACCUGUAUGACUUUGUUUCCUUUGCAGAACACAAAGAAGAUAUUUUGAAGAACGUUGGUUCCAUUGACUUCCAUUGUAUGAACACAAACCCUCCCGAACAAUCUUCUCAUGUGUUCAACAGAAAAAAAGUGUCAUGACAUGAGGGUGAAUAAAUGACAACAUUUUCUUUUUUGGAGAACUGUCCCUUUAAGGAAAUCUUGCUGGUGCUCAAAUACAAAAUGUAUAGAGUUAGUUAGUAUGACGAGUGUUUUCUUCCUAUGCAGAUUUAGCUUCCUCGUAAUUCUGGAAAGAUGGGGGUGAAGCCUUAGCGUUAAUUUAACCCUUAACCUAUGUUCAACGAAUGUCAUAAAGGAAUUCAUUGUGCAAUAUUUGCCAUUUCUGUGUUUUGUAACAGUGUUUCAUACGCAGCUAAAAGGUUCGCUGCAGUAAUUGCCUUUUUAUGUUUGUCUGAAUUGUCCAGGAACAUUCAAAGAAUUGUUUCGAAUUAUUGUCUUUUGAUCGUCAGUGUUUUCUUUUCUUGUGUGAGGAACAAAUGCCAAACCAGGAAUUGCGGCACAGAAGCACAUUGUCAAGCCAAGGGAAUAAAUUAGCCAUUGUGUAUUUAGUGUCUGGAACAAAGAAAAGGUUAUGAUAUUACUGUACAAGAUCAAAGGAAGGCAAGAGGAAUGAUAGUUUGAUAUGUGCCAAAUUGAUUUUGUAAGUCUUCAUAGCUGCAUUGUAAGAAAAGAUAUAUAAUAAAGAUACUUUGCAA